GAAGAGUAUAAAACCCAUCGGUAAACCAUUCAAAAAGUACAGUCAGAAAACAGCAAGUAAAGCCUCAAUUUCCUCCCAAGUGCAACCAUCCGUGACAAUAUGAAGUUCUUCAUCGCACUGUUUGUCGCCACUCUGGCUGUUGCCGCCCAAGGAUCGUCGUACGCUGAUCCCGCUUGGUUGAUUGGCUUGAACAACUGGAACAACCACGGAUUGGCCGCCUACCCGUACGGACCAGUCAACCAAUGGGCGCCCGUGACGUACGGUGGUCGUAAGACCCAAGUUGAGCCGAUCGUUGUCAAAAGCAACCCGUGGGAUCUGCCAGCUGCGGCGGCGGCGUAUGGAUACGGAUACAACCAUCUGGGCGCGCUUCCAGCUGUGGCCGGCAAGUACGUUGCUCCGAUUUCUGGAUUAGUUCACCAGGCUCCGCUGGUCAGUUACGGUGGCAACCAGAAGGUGAUUGUUGCUGGACAUGGAUAUUGAGUUAAUAAAAUUAGGAAUAACUAA